CCAAAAACCCCGGGGUGUCAUUUCUUAUCAGAGGUGCUAUUUUAUUCCGCGGCUGCAGGUCUGUCGAUCUAGUUCUGGUUGGUUUAUUUCCGAAGAUGCUUCAAGGAGCAGGUGCACCGCCGGGAUUUUGCCUUUAAGAAAUUGCUCCAAAGGGUUACUCUUUCGGGGGAGGCUGCGCCGCCUGUUGUUUGUUGUCACUUCCGGGCGAGCCGUCGGUGAAUUAGCAGAUCACACCGCCGGCGACGAAGAAGUAUAGUUGACCAGCUUCGAUGCUUCGUGCAGGCAGGAUGGAGGAGUUUGUCACGGAGGAAGAGGAGCCGUGGUACGACCAGCGAGACCUGGAGCAAGAUCUGCACCUGGCAGCCGAGCUUGGCAAGACGCUCCUGGAACGCAACAAGGAGCUCGAGGACUCUCUGCAGCAGAUGUACAUCAACAAUGAGGAGCAAGUGCAUGAGAUAGAGUAUCUUUCCAAGCAACUGGAAAUGUUACGGGAGAUGAAUGAGCAGCAUGCAAAGGUAUACGAACAGCUGGAUGUGACCGCCAGAGAGCUGGAGAUCACCAACGAGAAGCUGGUGCUGGAGAGCAAGGCUUCGCAACAGAAAAUAGACAGACUGAUGGGAACCAUGGAGACUCUGCAGGGUCAGGUGGACAGUCUGACGGCUCGGGUGGAGGAGCUAAGAACUCUGGAGGAACUGAGGGUUCGCAGGGAGAAGAAGGAACGGCGCAAGACCGUGCACUCCUUCCCCUGUCUCAAAGAGCUCUGCACCGCACCAAGGUAUGAGGAUGGCUUCCUGUUGGCUAACCCGGGCAGUGUAGACCUUGCCGAGAGACGACCUGUCGAUGAGGAGAACGAGCGCCUCAGGGACAUCGUCUCCUCCCUGCGCUCAGCGAUGGCCACAGAGCGAUCGAAGAGGGAGGGUGCUGAGCGGGAGUGUGCUGCCGUGCUGCAGGAGUUUGAGCGUCUGGAGCAGCGUCUGUUGGGAGCGGAGGGCUGCCAGCUGCGGGUUCAGGAGCUCGAGGCUGAGCUGCAGGAGAUGCAGCAGCUUAGGAAGUCCAGGAUGUCUUUGGUUGGAGGUAUGGAGGAGGGCUUGGAGACUCUGCUCAGCAACGGCCCAGAGACUGACACCCCUGAGGUCGGGGUGGAGGAAGGAGGCGAAGGCGGUUCUGGAGAGGCUGGGGGAACGGGGCAGCAGGGAGGCCCGGUGAGGAAAAGCUGCAGCGACACAGCUCUAAAUGCAAUUUCAGCCCGCGAUGCAUCAGGCAGGCGACAGGGCAGCUACGCUCUCCACGCCAACGGCGUCCGCAAGCGUGGCAUGUCCAUCCUGCGAGAGGUUGACGAGCAGUACCACGCCCUACUGGAGAAGUACGAGGAGCUGCUGGGGAAGUGCCGCCGUCACGAGGAGAGCCUGUGCCAUGCUGGGGUGCAGACGUCACGUCCUGUCUCCAGAGACCCCUCCAUGAAAGAAUACUGCAUGGCUUCUGAAGGCCCGUCCACAUCCGGGGCCGUCGCCACUCCUCCGACACCUCCUCAAACCCCCUCCACACCUGAAGCUCUGGAGGGGAUCAGCAGGCAGGUGGAGCAGGUGGACAAACGGCUGAGCCAGAACACGCCGGAGUACAAGGCUCUGUUCAAAGAGAUCUUCUCACGUUUGCAGAAGACGAAGAGUGAUAUGAACUCCACCAAGAGCAGGAAGAGUCACAAAUGAGCUAGAAAGACCAUGUUUACAUGGCGGCCAUGCUGUUCUGACAUCACGCUUAGGGUGGGAGGCUUAUUCUGUUAAAAUCUCACUAAUUCUAGGUUGUAAAUCCUAUAAUUGUAACAUGAUAGACAUUUCAAUGCUUUCUAAAUGGUUAAUCAUUUAAAAGAACAAAGAGCACAGAAAAUCUGGAGGAAUGUUGGACCACAUUUUCAGUAUUUCAAAGCAAAAAAACAGAUAAUCAUCUGCAUGCUGCCUUAUUGAACAAAAACAUCAGCAACUGAAAUGUUGCCAGCAUAUGAAUGCAGUUCAGAUAGCACUCUCUUUCUUUUGCUCAUCAUAGCUUUUGGCUAAAUUAUGACUGAAGAUGUGUUUUUUUUAUUUUUUUAUUUUCAAGCAUUUCCCUAAAAUGCCAGCAAGUUUUAUAAUUUUAUAGCACAAAAAGCAUUUAAUAUUUUAAGACUGUGUUACUGUUACACAGGAGCACAGCAGUGUGAGAUUAUAACAAUGCGAGCCUCCUACCCUCAGUGUUACGCCAGCAGAAGAAGGCCUCCAUGUGAAUAUGGUGAAACAA